GGGCUUGUGUGCACGUCCUAAACCGCAUAUAACGGCACUUAGGAGUACGUUAGAGUAGUGCGCUUGUACGUGUUACAGUUGUGGAUCCACUAGGCAGUAGGGUACUGCGUGGUUUAGGACGGAGCUUGAGAGAGCCGCUUGUUCUUUGCUCUGUGCUGUGUGUACGUACGCGCCGCCACUUAGCAAAUUUGCCGGGCGGGAUUUCCGCAAAUUAUCAAGUAUGGCGAAGACUUACGAUUAUUUGUUUAAACUGCUUUUGAUCGGGGAUUCGGGAGUCGGGAAGACCUGCGUGUUGUUUAGAUUUUCAGAAGACGCCUUUAACUCGACAUUUAUCUCAACUAUAGGUAUCGAUUUCAAGAUUAGGACAAUAGAGUUAGAUGGCAAGAAGAUCAAGUUACAGAUAUGGGACACGGCAGGACAGGAGCGAUUCAGAACGAUCACAACGGCGUAUUACAGAGGCGCGAUGGGCAUUAUGCUGGUGUAUGACAUCACCAAUGAAAAGUCCUUCGACAACAUCAAGAAUUGGAUUAGAAACAUAGAAGAGCAUGCAUCAGCAGACGUGGAGAAAAUGAUUCUGGGCAACAAAUGUGAUAUCAAUGACAAGCGACAAGUUUCCAAAGACCGAGGAGAGAAGCUGGCGUUAGAGUAUGGCAUCAAAUUCAUGGAGACGAGUGCGAAGGCCAACAUCAACGUGGAAAACGCAUUCUUAACGCUUGCCAGAGACAUUAAAGCGAAGAUGGACACAAAACUGGAGGGUAACAAUCCCCAAGGCAGCAACCAAGGAGUGAAGAUCACCACCGAGCAACAGAAAAAGAGCAGCUUCUUCCGCUGUGUUCUACUGUGAAGACCAAGGCCUUACUGUCCUCCACCCUGGGGCUGGACUCAACUGGACUGUGCUCUUGUUUUAGCACUUUCUCUUUUCCUCUCCCUUCUCUGUUUCCAGCCCUGGCACUGCUGGAGUGCUCAGCUCCUCUCACCUGCUUCCACUGAUACACGAUCUCUUCCAGUUUAUGACCCUUUUUUCUUGACAAGGCCAUGGCAGACUUGUGUUGUGCCCUUUUUUUUCCCCUCUCUCUCUCUUUCUUCCAUGACUAAAGAUUGCACCCUAAAUAACACAUUCCCAUUUAGUCUCACAAGUCUUAUCAGUCCUCUUUCCAUGGCACAGAAGCAGUCGUGGAUGUCCGUCUGGGGUCGGAGCAAAGUUUGGUUCGACACACUGAGGAUCGUUUCUCCCUCAUGCUUUCUUUUACAGACAAUCACAAAACAGUGCAGUUUACAGGAAUCUAAAAGAGAAAUUGUUGCUUCAUUUUUGCACUGCCCUUUCAACCCAUAUCGAACUUUUAUGACCUAAAUUUAACAGCGGCUCAUUUUGCAGUCAACUUUCCAAUAUUUUUUUUUUUUCCAGAAGUAAUUAGCAGAGUUGUGAUUUUUGCAUUCAUAUAUCACCAACAACGGCAUUCUUUUUGCUCUCUUCGGAACGGCCCCAAGAAAACGUACACAUCAGAGUUCAACCUUCCUAACAUCCGAGUUACAGUGAACUUCCUGAAUAUUUAUUUAGAUCCAAGAUAAGAAAUUUAAUUCAAACCUUAAGCCAAAAAAAAAAAAAAAAUCCUAUCUUGGCCGUCUCUUCUUCAGUGUUGGCUUUUACACUGCACCUGAUUUGGCUUAGAAAAGCAGACAUUUAUGUAACAGGAAACAGCUGUUGUUUUUUUUCAUAGAUAUUGCUCGACCCGGAACACACUUGUCACUUCCUGUUCAGGACCCUAGAUGGCAUCAUGCAUUCAGUAAGCUUCUGCGACGUUUCCCUCCCCUCCCACUUCCUGCGUGCGCUUAGAUUAUAGUUAAUAUGACCGGCCUUAUCCUCACAGAGUACGGCGGCUCGUGUCAUUCAUGUCGGCAGCUGCUUUCUCUUCAUCUUUGUUAACGUGUUAUAAACGUGUAUCUUAAUCAGAGCUAGCAAUAGGACAGGAGAGCCGUUAACUUACCAGCGCUAAGAUUUAAAAAAGAAAAAAAGUGAAGGAACAAGUUUUUUGUUUGUUUGUUUUAGAUAAAAACAGUGUUUUACAGGGAAGCAGAACGAAAGCACACUGAGAGGAGCCUUGUUUUUGUUUUCUUUAUUUCAAACACUUGAAAGCUUGAGAUAAUGAAAGAAACUUGAGCACCUUUUUUUUUCCCCCCUCCCUCUUUUCUCCCAAAGAGUCUCAAUGUAUUGAUUUUGUCCACGUAUCACCCUGUCCCACUCCAGCCCACACCCUGUGCACCCGCUUCCUUUGAGAUUUCCUAACAUUCUGCCAUUUGUCUUAAUUACUAAUACUUGAGCUCUCAUUAUAGAUCUAUGCAUUAUGAAGGUGACAUUUUUGACCUCUUGUAUUUUUGCAUAUUUCUCUCUCUCCUCUGGCUCUCUGCAGUACCCUUUUCUUCUUUGGUUCCACUUCUUAAAGACAUUCCCAUAGUCGUUUUUGGUUUUUUUUUUUUGCUUUGUCAAUCACUUUUGUGCAAUUCAGUGACUCUUUAAAUAAGAGACUUGUAUAGAGUGUAUUGAGUUGAGUGAGAUGCAGUUUUCACUGUUCAGUGUGUUUUUUUGGGUUUUUUUUUUCUUCCCCCUUUCUUCCUUGUGGAGAGGGUUUAUUAAAACUGGUAGUGCUUCCUGAAGUUUGCGCAGUUUUGCUAACUGCAUCAAGCCUCUUCAAGCAGAUAAGUGUUCAACUGUCAAAUCUUUAUUUUAUUUUGAAAUCACUGUCCAUAUCAUUUAUUUCUUUUAUACAAACAUUCAUUUAUUUUUUGAUUGCGAGGUGAACGGGGAGAAGAAAGUUGUUACAUUUUGAAAAAAAUAACAAAAACCAACAAAAAAAAAGGAACAAUUGUAAAUAACACUCUAAAGAGAUCUACUUAUUGUACUGUACUUUCUAAAAAAAAUCAUGUUGAAAUUGUCUACAAUUUUGUAGAUAUCAGUGCUUCUGAUUUAUUAAAAUAAGAUUCUUUUAA